AUGCAUCCCCCAGCCCCGAGGCUGCCCGGCAACCCGAGCCCGGGUUUCCAUGGUGCUGCAAACAAAAACCGGGCUGGGAGCUGCCCAGAGCUGCAGCCACCUCCACAUCUGAGCACAGCCCCCCCUGGAGAGGACCCUGGAGGAGCUCCCUUUCGGCCUCAUCCAUUUUUUGCAGAAAGCCCUGAAGAGGCUGAAGAAAACCAAAUGAAAAAUCCAUUUACAAUUCCUCCAGAUAUGGAUAUUUUCUCAAUAUGGGACAAGGAAAGAAAAAAGGCUAAGGAGGAACGUGAAAGGAUGAAGACCAUGAAAGUUCACGAGAAAAUGACUUACUCCUCUAAAAUAAAAGCAAAGCAAAAAGGGCUUAGGAAAGCUCUGCAAAAGGAGGAAGAAGAGGAGGCCAGAAAACAGGCAACAGAUAAAGAGAGACUGACAACUCUUCUGGGUAGUCCUUCAUAUAAGAAAGCUGGUAAAAAUGAUUACGCAAUAGAAAAGGAGACCUUCCACGACUACAUAAAAGACAGAAGAGAGAUAUUUUUACUUGAGUAUGCCAUGCAAGUAAAGAAAGAGGAGAUUAAAAGGAUUGAGAACAUACUAAAGAAUGAGGAAAGCAAGCUGGAAAAGUCUGAAUAUCGCCUGGAAAAGGAGGCUGCUACCUUUGAUGGGUUCCUGAAGGAGAACCAAAAAAACUCUGUUCAAGCCCUGAAAAUUGCCAGAAAAGAAACCACAGGAACCAAGAAGAAAACAACAGAGGUCCGGGCAAUUACUUCCCAAAUAGAGAACGUCCAAAGUGACAUAUCCAGAUUUAAAUAUACUCUGGACGAGUACAAGAUGUACAGGGACUUACUCUAUCAUCUGUCUCCAAAGGAAUGGCAGGAAGAACAUGGAAAAAAACACACAAAGAAAAAAAAUCUGAAAACAGCACCCAAAGCUAAUGAGGAAAGUGCCUCAUCUCCCACCACUGCGGAACAGGGUCAGGGUCCAACAGUCCCUGACAGUUCCAACAGUACCAGUAAUAUGGAUGUCCCAAGUUCCCUGCUGCCUUCAGGUUUGGAAUUCAGCUCACUACAUGAGAUUGGGACACAGCUCAAAAACUUCCUGAAGCCUCUAUUAACAAGAAAACCAAGUUUACUGGAGGAUGAAGAAAGUGAAAGCUGCUCAGAUGAAGAUGAGGAGCCUGAGCUGUAUUUUACAGAGCCCCAGCAACUGUUGUCUGCUUUCAUGGAGAUGGAGAAAGAGAACUUGUCCUUCAUCCAGAAUUCCCAGGAGGCUGAGGAAAGUUUCGACAAGGUCCAACACACUUUCAUCACCACAUGUGAAAGCACGGAGAAGGAGUUAGCAGAGCUGAAACAGCAAGUAGACACCCUCAAAUCCUCCAUCGCCAAGGAAGAAAAGAGACUGGAAGAUCUGAAAGUGAAAGUUCACUUCUUUUCCCUUGGAGAAGACAAAGCUGAUGAUCAGGACAAACUGCUCACAAGCCUGAACAAGAAGGUGCUGGAAGUUUAUCACCACUGUACUGGAGAAAAUGAGGCAAACCUGCAGACAGUGGAGAUGCUAAUGGUGAUAGAAAAACAGUUCAAUGAUUUACUGGACACCCUGGAGAGAACCCAUCCAGCAAAGAUAGAGCGAGCUGAGAAAGUCAGAAAAAAGGAACGGAGAAUAUGGCUCAGAGAGGAAAAGCUCAGACAGCAGAAGCAGCACCAGGAGGAAAGAGCCCAACGGGCCCUGGAAAGAUCCCAGAGGGCCCUGGAAAUAUCCCCAGCAACUCGAAUCAAACAGAGUGACAGGAGGGUGGUGUUUCAUACCAGCCCACCUGCCAGGAAAGGGAAGAAAAAGCCCAGACAAGAAGAAAUAGAUAAGGAGAAGGAAGAAGAACUCUUCUAUUUCACCUGACAGCUGCCUUCACUACAGCAUGCAGGACUGAUACUGCUCUUGAAAAUUUCUCACGCAUCUGUAUCCCUCUUUAAGAGUCUAAGCCACUCAGUUGAUGAACUUCAUGGUCCAUGAAAUUCCCCACCUUCUCUUAUCCCAAGAUCCCAGGGAAAGUUGCUG